UGACCAACAAGGAAGUUCGAGUUUUGCUUUUAGUUGUUCCAUUGAUUGUGUACAAUCUAUAAAACGAAGAAAAGUAAUUUUAGUACAAAAACUAUGAAUUAUCAUCUAAUUUAACUCAUACAAAAAUGAACGGUAUUGAACUUUUUUUCCAAUCUACAAAUUAUUUCAUAGUAUUUUUGAAGUUUUUAGGGCUAGAUACACAUUCUUUGUGACUUCUAUGUAAUUACCUAUGGCUUGAAUUUAGUCCUAAGUAUUUAGAGCUCACCUCAUCUUUAAGUAUAUAGAGAAUGUAUAGUACAAUGCCCGGUGUUGCGGAAAUGGGAAUGGUCUGGAUGGGGUCUGGCCAGACAGCAGGUGAUAUGUCAAUGGGGGAACUGAUGCCCAACGAUAACAGUGACAUUCUUCUAGAUCACGAUAACAUCUAUUAUACACCAUCCAAUCACAGCAUGUCUAAUCAAUCUAUGGAUGAUAUCCACACUGGGCACAGUUCACAUAUGGAUACUAUGGAAAACUAUGACAUGAUGCAUUACUUAGAUAUAAAAAAUGAAAGCAAUGAUUCUAGCUAUAUGGAUGAUGACAGCCCUAAUCCUGUAUAUAUGAUUACAACUUCUACUCAAACACUGCCAUCUCAAAAGAAAAUUAAGCCAAUCAAGCAUCCUGGUCUGGUACUUAAGACGCCAAUAGCUUACCACAGCAAUACUGACCCAUCUGUAAUACCAAUUCAGAAAGAUGGCAUUGCCGUAUGUGAAAAGUGCGGUGCGAUAGGGGUAAAGCACGCUUUUUACACCAGGGAACGCCGUUUCUGCAGCAUGGCCUGUGCGAGGGGAUAUAGCGGCCUUAUACCGGAACCUCUACCCCAACAGUAUCCAAGUACACCAGACAGCAAGCACCAUUUUGCUAAGUAUCGGUUCAGUAUGAAGCUAGAAGACGACUUCGCUGAUUCAUAUAUUGAUGAUACAAUACCACAACUCUCACCUCUACCAGAACUACCUCCUAUUGACGAUUCCCUUCCUCUCAUCAGGAGGAAACCUGCGGAACUGGCCAAUUCGUUUGAUUGGGAUUCUAUGUUUUCGGAGCCCUACUUUGUGGCGGCACCAGUGACUUGUUUCAAGCAUGCUCCUAUGGCAGAUAUUUGGGACAAUAUCAUGGUUGGUAUGAAGGUCGAAAUAGAAAAUACAGACUGCGAUAAUGUUUCCGAAGCUUUUGCUGAUUCAUUUUGGGUCGCAACUGUCGUGAGGAUAGUUGGGUAUAAAGCUCAGUUGAGAUAUGAAGGGUUCGGUGAAAAUGAUUCCAAAGAUUUCUGGGUGUCGCUUUGUUCCAAUCAAGUUCAUCCUGUAGGAUGGUGUGCCACUAGAGGAAAGCCUUUAAUACCGCCAAAGACAAUCGAAAACAAAUAUAGUGAUUGGAAAGAUUUCCUGAGGAAACGUCUGACAGGUGCUCGAACCUUACCUUCGAAUUUUAGCAAUAAAGCGAGCGACAGCCUGAAAUCCAGGUUUGAAUGUGGCCUUAAUCUCGAAGUCGUCGAUAAAGAUCGUAUAUCUCAAGUGAAAUUGGCCAUUGUGCACAAAAUCGUCGGGAAAAGAUUAAACGUCAAAUAUUACGAUAUGCCACCUGAGGAUGAUGGCUUUUGGUGUCACGAAGAUUCUCCAUUAUUGCAUCCAGUUGGUUGGGCCAAGAAGGUUAAUCAUCAUCUGGUAGCUCCCAUAAACUACCUCGAGCGCGUCAACGACGGCAUUUUCGAUGACGACGACGCUACAGAAGACCUCUUUAAUCCAUACCAAGUAGGCUUCAUGGAAAAUUCCGUAUCUGGUUUCUGUAUAGGGAUGAAAUUGGAAGCUAUAGACCCGCUGAAUCUAUCUUCCAUCUCCGUUGCCACCGUAACGGACGUUUUAAAUUAUGGUUACAUCAUGAUACGUAUCGACACAUACGAUUCUGAUGUUACUGGAGCUGACUGGUUUUGUUACCAUGUGAAGUCGCCUUGUAUAUUUCCUGUGGGCUUCUGUGAAAAACAUAAUAUACCUUUAACUCCACCAAAAGGUUACGAUGUAUUAACAUUCAAUUGGAAAUCCUACCUGCUGCAAACAGGUAGCAGCCCUGCUUUACCAUCUUUAUUUAAGACGUUUAUUCCUUUACAUGGUUUUCAACCGGGAAUGAAAAUAGAGGCAGCUGAUCUCAUGGCCCCACGACUGUUGUGCAUAGCUACUAUUGCCAAGGUGACGGGUCGACUCUUGAAAGUGCAUUUUGAUGGAUGGGAAGAUGAGUAUGAUCAAUGGUUAGAUUGUGAAAGCCCUGAUAUAUAUCCUGUCGGUUGGUGUCAAAGUGUGGGGUAUAAAUUAGAAGGACCUCCGGCGUUCGCCAAGCAACUUUUACCAGUGGUGAAGACGCAAAAAGCAAAGAAGAGAGGCCGUAAAAAGAAGAAGGACACAGCCUCGAAAUCACAGCAGCAUGCAGCUACAUCCACCAAUAGUGAAACUUCGUCAGUAUUCGAAGCUCCGGAGCCUUUGGAGCGUAUGGAACAGUCAGAAACAUCGGAAGUGGGAGGGAUUGAAGAACCCGAAGAAAUGCCAACAGAAACAGAUUUAGCCACUAUUAUUCCCGAUAUUGAGUCGCUCGCUUCUACCGAGGACAUAAACGAUAGUCAUGGACCUGAGGCUGGGCAGGAACCUGCAGGGCCAGAUCAAAGUUUACCGAUAUCUUCAGAAGUAGUUGAUGAUUCUUUCAAUCCGUGUGUUAAUUCAUCCACUCCGAGCAGCCCAAAAGUGAUACCCAGACUAAUAGAUAACUCAGGUAGUACUUCUGAAAGAAGUGAACUUUGUCCGAAAGAAUGGAGUUCCUCCGAUAUUGUUCAAUUCCUCAGGGUUAACGAUUGCGCUAAUUAUAGCGAUGCCUUUAGUAAACAGAAUAUCGACGGAAAAAAGCUUCUAGAUCUGAGUAAAGAAGAUGUCAUAGACAUUACUGGUGGCAAGGUCGGCCCCUCCUUGAAGAUUUAUGAUCUCGUCCAACAACUGAAACUUAAAAUGAACCUCUCUCAAGUUCGUCAUAGUAAAGCAAAUAUCAAAAAGUUCUUAUAGUGCCUCCUCAUUAAUAAGUCUAUAUGUGAAAUUACAUUAUUUAACAUAAUAUGUACAUAUAUAUUUUAGGUUAUUUUCUUUUGUAUUUCAGUAUUUAUCUUUUAGCGUUUUGUGUGUGAUUUAGUUGCUCAUUAUGUCCAAAAGCGAGCUCACACGACUCGUGUAGUAGGCAAAUACAUGCCUACUUGUGUACUAUUGUACGUGUACUAUUUACAAGUACGCAAGCGUAAACAUUUGGCUUAAAAACCUAGACAAUUUUUGCAUUUUGUUUUAGCGCCUCUGCAAGUAUAGACAAGUAUGUACUUGGCAAGUGUACUAAUAAUCGUGAUCCCUUUGACUCGAGCCAUUUUUACCGACCACAAAUGGAAAACCAACGAGUGACAAAUAAUUAAGGGGGUCAGAUGUAAAAGGGUUUAAGUGCAGUUUUGAUAGUUCUGAGAUAAUCAGCUUCAAAGUUGUUAUAAAUUCUAGGAGUCAUUAACCUAAAAGAUGUCUAGUCUACAAUGUUCUCCAAAAUGAUAAACGAUAUAAGGAUAUAUCAUUACUCUUAUUAUAUCCUUCCCAUUUUUAAUUAUUAAAAAAAUAUACUUGAAUCGGUACAUGGUGUUGAUAAAUGUUACUGAUAAAACGGUUCAAGUGCAGAUGUUAACUAUUACUAUUAGUAAUCUUUUUUUAUCUUAUUUUUAUCUUUUACUUCAGAUGUUAUCCAUAGUGUAACUACAACUGACACGUUGCAUAAUACUUAAUUAAUCUUCCAAAUUCCAUGUAUUUUUACCUGGAAAAGCCCUGUAUUUGCCCUGUAUUACCAUGUAUUUUUACAGUAAAAUGGUUCAAGCGCACUUAAACCCUUUUACUACUAUUUGUUUUUACAGAAUACUAAAAAUGGUUUUGUGAUAAAACGGUUCAAGCGCACGUAAACCCGUUUACUACUAAUGCAAACUGCAAUAAUUGUUUUCACUAAAUUAAGUGUAAUGGCGAUAUAUGGCGACUGUAGGGCGAAAUAUGCUUGAAUCCUGUUACCACCAAGUUAUAAUACCAUUUAAGUAUGCGAAUCUGUACUUCAAGCAUAUUUUUAGAAAAGUGCACUUAAACCCUUUUAUUUUUAACCCCCUCAAUUGUACGAGUAACCCACUCACACGACAUUGUAAGUAUACGAAAGUAACGAUUAUUAUUCGCCAAGAAUACGAGUCGUUUGAGCCCGGCUUAAGCAUGGAAGAAAAAGGGUCGAUAUAAAUUAAAAUAGUUAAAAGUGUUUGAUACACGACGAUUCUUAAUUUUUAAGUUUGUUGAAUACUUUUGUAACGUCAGCGCAGUGGCGUAGCGUGAGUGUCGGCCGCCCGGGGCGGAAGACAAUUUUGCCGCCCUCUUAUUUAGGUAUUUUAAUUUAUUGUAUACUAUACAUUACAUACAUUAAUUAUAGAGAACUUUUCGGCGAGAACAGUCAUCAUUAUUUUGCAUUGUACAGGUUGGAUUAAAUAAGAAAGUUUAUCUAAGUUACAAUCACGUUUAUUAAUACAAAAAUUCUUUUAAUUUAACCAAUUAGAUACAUUGAUAUAACUUACACCCUUAUUACUUCAGGUUAGGUACACCUUGACGAUCGAGAAAAUUAAAUAAAAUCAAUUUUUAAUUAGAACUAGAACAAUACUAUAAUGUUAUAUUUUUAUUUUUAUUGAAAAGUAAUAUGAGUAUUUGUUAGAAUGUAAAACAAAAUCUCCGUCUUCAAUUAAAAAUUUAUACGUCUACUUUUUUUAACCCGUCGUUACACGCGUCUUCUAUUGUGACGUAGUUGCACGCGUAUGAGCGUCGCCCUCACCUACAUAAAUUCGACUUAUUUCGAGGAAGAAUGAAUGUCAACAUCUAUAAAUAUAAAAUGGGUUGUACUCACAUAUUAUAGAAAGUCUCGUAAACCAUUUUUUUAUUAAUUUAACAAAACAAAAGUAAAAAUAAUAUAGAUCAAAAGCAAGUUUUCUUAAUUUUCAAUUUCAGCAAACCACUGAAGAAAUUAACGUUCUUUACGCAAAUUAAUUUUACUAAAAAUACAAAUUAAAAUUAACAACUGUUCUGAAGCUAUUUCUUUGUGGCAUUUAUGUAAUUAACUAUUAAUAUUUUGUAUUUUGAUAACGACGUCCGAGGUGGAAUUCGAAACGUCAAUAAAAUCAAUUUUUCAAGUUAAAUUGUGGCUUAUUUCCCAAUUAGAAUAGGUAAAUUUAAAAAUGGGUUCUUAAUCAGUGGCGCACCUAGAAUUUUCCUCUGGGGGGGGGGGGAGGGGGUUUGCUUGGGCACCGAAAGUUUUUUGUAUUAUUUGUGAAAGACAAGUUACAUUUUCCUACUUUCUUUUAUAUAUAUUUAUAUGCUCUGGGUGGGAUUUUAACCCCCAAACCUCCCCUCGGUGUGCCACUGUUCCUAACCUAAUCCAAACAAUAAUAUUUUAAUUAAACCUACCUAAAUAUUAAAUAAAAACCUAAAAGUUUCUUUGAGAUAAUAGAAACGUGAUUUCACUGUGAUUGCACGCGCAGUGAGGAAUUCCCUCACUUGAAGAGGGAUGUCUCUUCUUUCAACUAUCACACAGCACACUGACCGCCUGAAAUAUUCUAUAACUGUUUCAUACCCUCUCAUGAACCAUGCUAAAGGCAUUCCUGGGUGCUUAAGGUUAUCGUAUUAGUUUACACAAUUUCAUUAGUUAUAAACAAAUAUGGUGAGGGAUUCCCUCAUAGCGCGUGUAAUGGCGGGUUAAGAGCAAAGUCUUUUAUUGCACCGUCAAUGUCUUCACACACCUCUUGCUCAAUAGACAAAAUAGCUAAAUUAAUUAGUCUUAGAGUACUCAUUGUCGAUCUUAAAUAAUUUUUAAUCAAUUUCAAUUUUGAAAAAUUCAUCUUACAGCUGGCAUUGCUUAUAGCAACUGUGAAAAAUAUUUGGAACAUUAUUAAAAUAUUGGGCAGAGUUUCUUCCAGCUUGGAUUUAACAAUAAAUUUAAAUAAUUCAAGUGAGUCUGCAUUAAUCAAUUUCGUUGCCUGUAGCAGCAACGAAAGUCCGCAGUCGAAGUUUUUCCAGCUUGAAACCCUACUCGUUAAUUUCGUCAGAUGCGUAGUCUAGGUCUAGAUUACCUUCAGUGUUGUCUGGAUCUAAUAAUAUAGCCGGCGUUCCAUAAGAAAACUUAUCCGUUCAAUUCUGUAGCUGUUGAAAACGCUCACGAAUUUCUACAAUAACUCUAUCUAACGAAGAAAACAGCUUUCGUCUCAACUCAUUUUCACAAGACAAGUUAUCACCUCUAGUUCCGUCAUCAAAAAUAUACUUUCUUGUUAUGCGCCUCCGAGGUUUUAUGGAGAUUCGAAGUUCUUCACACAUAUUUUUUGCAUAACCUACAGCGUCAUUUGCCCAUUCCUCUGUUUUCUCUGUCAAUAUCAUCUGCAAAGCAUUUACUUUCUGAGCACACAAUCGUAUGUCAAGUCCCCUUGUUUGUAAAUAUUUUUGUGCAGCAUUCACUUCAUGUAGCACAGGUUGCCACAGACCCAAAAAACAAAGAAAGGAAAAUUACUGCAUCGAAACUAGUAAAGCACCUGCAUCUGUCCUCAUGUUUAAGCUUUCACCUGCCUCUGUCAGUUUUUACAAAGUGACGAGAAUCUCUUUGUAAUGAUGCCAUGUCACAUUUACGGCAUCGCCUCUUGCACUCCACCGUAUGUCUUGAAUCCUUCUUUUGUCUGUAGCUGCUAUCAGAACUUCCCAACGAUGUAUCGAUGAGAAAAAGAAUAGCAACGUUCUAAAGUGCCGAAAAAAGUUGUGCUGAUUUGUUAGUCAUAAACGGGGAAUUUCCACAAGUCAGUAUAGACGUUAUUGCCAGUCGCUACAAAAUAUCAUUCAAAGAAAAGGAAUUCCCCGAAUUCGUCACAAAAUAAGUAAUGAAAAAUUCCGUGCUUCUUUCAAUCGGUCCAAAUUUGUAGUUGCGAUAAAAAUAUAAAAUGGUUCAAAUAUUUACAAAAUAUUUUUAUUAUUUAUUGUUAAAUUUUGCCGCCCCCUAAAAAGUUCCGCCCCUACUACGCUACGCCACUGCGUCAGCGAGAUAUUUAUUUAUAAUCCAGUCAAUCUAAGCCUGCACCGAUUUGCGCGGGCUUUCUUGAGGGAUGAGCAGCAUACAAUAAUAUGUUUAGUUUUCAAUUAAGAGAUAGGCGACUGAAGGAAACGCUAAAAGUGGCAACAUUGCUUGUGAGGGUGAGGUGCAUUGCCACUGUAGAAUUGACGAAUAACUGAAUAAAUCCGCGUGACUCGGUAUGGGAAGCAGUGUUGACAUGUUUUGGGUGUACUCCUAUAUCUAAUUUAAAACUAAACACACGGUAUAUGCAUAUUUAGGGGCUCUUUUUAUAAAGAUUAAAUUUAUUAUAAAAAGAAAUAACGAUUUUGAAAAUUUUUAUUCAGAUUAUAAUAAAUCCUGCCGAAAACGGUAACAUAAUUUGCAUGCUCAUGUGUCAACGUAACUGGUGCAACCUCACUUUUGCGACUGACGUGACAGUUGUUUAUAGUUAAAUUUUAUAUUUAUAUAGGUUUUAUUUUAUAUUAUAUUUAAAUUUUAUAUUUCAUAUUUAAUUAAUACUUGUCAAAAAUAUUACCUAAUUUGGAAUGGUCUAUUCCUUAGAACAGCACGUCCUAUUCUGUAAUUGGUGCACAAGGUCAAAUAUUUCGGUCCCAACAAAAUCAAUGAAAACGACAGACAGAUUCGCUUCUGUGUGGUUAUUUAUUCUGUGCUUUAGUAUCAAAAGUUUGGUUGUUAAUUGUAUCAAAUUGGUACAAUUGUACCAACUCUGGCAACAUUGCUUUUAUGGGUAUCGUCCCAUCCUGUCAAGCCUGGGGCAUGUUCCGAUCAAUCUCUCGCGCUCACUCCAACUUGUACUAUUUCUACAUAAGGUUCUCUUUGUUAGUCAAAUGUUAUUUCUCUUUUUUAACGUUGAAGAAAUAACUAUCUCAUAACGGCGACAGCGACAGAUACAUCACACCGAAUUUACGUAAAUAGUUAUGUGCACGUUAUCCCUGAAAGUUAUCUUAACUUUAACUCAAACGUUAAAGAUAACUUCGGUCAUCCAUCACACGGCUGAAUAUCUGUCAACUAAUCAUUUAACGAAAAAUGUGAGAGAGGACAAAGCAAAAGUAGAACAUGCUGUAGAAUGUAAUAAUUGUUGUAAUUAUGUAUAUUUUUAUACAUCAAAUUAACCAUGAAGAAUAUUCUUUAAUGGAAAAUGAAUUAAAUUGUGAAAUAACAAAUUAUUCAAAGUUAGAACCCUUUUUCAUCCAUGAAUAAGAGUAUAUUUAUAUGAUUUUGGAAAAAACAAAGAAAUAGAACAUCAGUUAUCAUU